CUUCCUGUCAUGCUCAGAGUUCAUGCUGGAGAUGCUGCAGAUCUGACUGCUCUCAAGAUUUAAGCAUGAGAAUGAAAGCAAGAGAAGGACGAGGCAAUGGAUGGAGAUCUCAUAUGCAACUUUAAAAAGUGCAGAAAACAAAUCUGUUCGUUUGCAUGGGUUACUUCGUGUUCACAUGUAUUCUGUGACGAAGAUGGGAGUCGAGAAUUCAACAAAUCAGUUGUUUGUCCUGCUUGUGAGACUACUCUGUCGGGAAAGUGCGAUAUUGUAAGAAGUAACGUGCAGCCCACAGAACAGUGGAAAUCUAUGGUGAUAGCCGGACAGAGACCUGAAGUUAUUAUGGAGAUCUGCACCAGAGCACUCUCCUUCUGGACGUACCAAACACACCAAGAAAUCAUCUACCAGGAAUAUCAAGCGACAAAGCACAGGGAAAAAUCCUCACAGCUUCAACAGUACUACGAACAAAUCGUGUCAAAAACUCAAACUGAGUUGACAACCUUGAAAUCCCAUUUAAAAGUUGCUAAGAAGGACCUGGACGGUAUGAAGAAGAAGCACGGCGAGUUGGCGGAGAGGUUAUCUGAAAGAAGCAGACAGUACCAGAAACUACAGUCCUUGUACGAAUCACUCCGGCGACGGUGCAUCACACCUGCUUCCUUCAACGGGGGUGGGGAUGCGUCCAUGAUUGAUCAGACAGCCAGCAGAUUACAGAACUUCACUAUGAACCUAACCACUGGAGAUGUCUUGCGUGGGCAGAAUUCCUCGAAUCAAGGUUCUAGGGGACAGUCACCUCCGGAAAGGGAUUUUGUAUUUCGGCCAAACAACACUCCCCUGUUAGCAGAGCAGAGCAGAUUCAGUUUGAUGUUGGGGACACCAAAGUAGGUAUCAUGCACCUACAUAGAGACGAAUCAAGGGAGUGCGCCCUGAAGACCCCGGAGACAUGUUCAGUGUAGUGGUUCAAGAUUGAAAUAUCAGUUAAUUUUGGGCUUUACUGAAUUUUACAAAUGGAUUCAGUAAAUCUGACGAGUGUUAUUAAGGUCUACUGGCUUUGUAUUUGCUUUGGAGAGUUUUAGCUUAUAUAAUUCUGUAGAUUUUAGUAUUAGUUAAUAUUGAUUAGUACGAAACUGAUAUUACUAAUGAUAAACAGAGGGGAUUUACUUGACAUGCAUAUGGGGUUUGUGGUUCAUUUGAAGUCAUUUCGCAAGCUGAGGAAAUGUCCCCUACAAUGUCACAUUUAACCCUAACAUACGCCCAAUUACCUAGCCCCUAAAGAGUUAUAUACAUGUAAUAGUUUGUGUGUGGUGUGGACACCAUUUGGUAGACCAUUUGAU